AUGGGUAAUCGUGAAUCAACUGCCAAUGGAGCCGAGGAGAGCGAAGGAAAUAGUGUUCCAGAUUAUUAUACCCUCUUAGAUGUGGACGAGAGUGCCACUGCGGAAGAGAUCAAGCGCUCAUUCCGGAAACUAGCGCUCGUACACCAUCCCGACAAGAAUCAGGACGAUGUCGAAGGUGCAACAAAGCGAUUUGCAGCUUUACAACAAGCAUACGAGGUUCUGAGUGACGAACAAGAGAGGGCUUGGUAUGACAACCAUAGAGCUUCGCUGGUCCCAGAACCCGACGCCCAGACCGUGUUCGAAGAUAUUAAACGGGGAGCUCCCCCUCCUCGGGCUCGGGAUCGCGGAUUAACAGUCCGUCAUUUGACUCAAUUCUUUGAUCCAUCCAUCUUCUCUGGAUUUGAUGACGGAGAAAACAGUUUCUUCACUAUUUACCGCAAUCUGUUCAACCGACUUGCACACGAUGAGUCACAAUUUGUCGAAAUGCCGUAUCCUUCGUUCGGUUACUCUACCUGGCCCUGGACUCCUGCCUCAAAGAGCGAUGCCGAGCAGGCCGCCCGGACUUUCUACAAUUUUUGGUUGAAUUUUGUCACUAGUAAAGAUUUCAAUUGGGCUGAGCUCUGGAAUACCACCGAUGCUCCAGAUCGACGAAUUCAUGACAACCUAAAUAACGAAAUUGGUCUCAGGCUUAUGGAGCGUGAAAACAAGAAGGCUCGUGAUGAUGCUCGUAAAGAAUAUACCGACACGAUUAGAUCGCUAGCCAUGUUUAUCCGCAAGCGGGAUCCUAGGUAUAAAGCCCACUUGGCUCAUCAAUCACAAACCCCACCCACCGCGUCAGGGUCGCGCACUCCGGCGCCUCGCGCGACUGCUCAACCCGGUACGGCUACGGCUAUACUAGACUUUGUUGAGCAGGACUGGCAGAAGACAACCCUAGGAAAUGAUGAGGCAGACAUUGAGUGGGCAGCUGCAGAGGGUACGGAGGACCCGGAAGUAUGGGAGUGCGUCGCAUGUGGGAAGAGCUUCCGUAGCGAGGCAGCAUGGGACAGCCAUGAACGGAGCAGGAAACACAUGAAGGCGGUUGAAAUACUAAAAAAGCAGAUGCUCGAAGACGAUGAGGAACUCGGGCUUGGGGGGGAAGACGAGGUGCCGGAUAGCAUUGAAGACGGUGGGGAACUUAGUGGAGCAACGAUGGCUAAUGAGCCAGAUCAGGCACCCCCACGCCUCCCGAGUCCAUUUGAGUCGCCCACAAAAUCGAGCAAGAGUACACUUCACAUUCACAAUGACGACGACGACGACGACGAAGAUUCCCAAUCUCAGCAGCAACGACGCCAGGAGAGCAAGAAGCUACGGGCUGUUUCUCCCGUGCCUCCACCGAAGUCGGUCAGGAAAACCAAGACUCGGUCCGUUAAUGGCGCGGUACACAAUAGUACGCUUGGUGAUGCGCACACGAGUCCCGAGAGUGUCAGUCAGCAACCCGACCCGGAUAGAGACUGCGCGCCGGGCCCUGAGUUUGACCAUGCGGAAAUUAGCGAAGAGCCACAUGCGUCUCUCUCCUUGCCGGAGCUAUCCAAGCGAGAGAAGAGGAAGGCCAGGGAGGCGGCCAAGGCUGCACGAGGAGCUGUAGCUACUCCGGAGCUGCGGUGCAAUGUCUGCAACACAAUGUUCGAGAGUCGCACAAAGUUGUUCGCGCACAUCAAGUCCUCGGGACACGCGCUUGCUACGCCAGCCGAAAACAAUCAAGGAACGAGGAAAGGGAAGAAGGGAAAAAAGUGA